AAAUUCUCUCUCUCUCUCUCUUUCUCUCUCUAUAUCGCUUUCUCACUGUAAAUUUGAGGAAAAAAAUGUUAUCUUUAUGCUCUGCAAUGAUCCAACUCUCAAUAUUAUUAUUUAUUACUUUUCUAAUGGCGGCCUCAGCUGGUAACUUUUACCAAGAUGUCGACCUCACUUGGGGCGAUCAACGAGGCAAGAUUCUCAAUGGCGGCCAAGAUCUUACCUUAUCCCUUGACAAAAAUUCUGGUUCGGGUUUUCAAUCCAAAAAUCAGUUCUUUUUGGGAAGAUUUGACAUGCAACUGAAGCUCGUACCCGGAAAUUCAGCUGGAACUGUUACAACAUAUUAUUUAUCUUCUCAAGGAACUCAACACGAUGAGAUUGAUUUUGAGUUUCUUGGAAAUGUUUCUGGCCAGCCAUAUACAGUUCAUACCAAUGUUUAUUCCCAGGGAAAUGGCAAUAAAGAACAACAGUUUCGCCUUUGGUUCGAUCCCACUACAUCUUUCCACACAUAUUCUGUUGUUUGGAAUACACAACGCAUUAUUUUCUUGGUGGAUAGUAUCCCUAUAAGAGUAUUUACCAACCAUGAAGCCAUUGGGGUUCCAUAUCCCAAGAGCCAACCCAUGAGGGUAUAUUGUAGUUUAUGGAAUGCAGACGAUUGGGCAACACAAGGUGGGACGGUCAAGACUGAUUGGACAAAAGCUCCAUUUAUUGCCUCCUACAGAAAUUUCAAUGCAAAUGGUUGCGUAUCGGGAUCACCCGGCACAUCUUGUGUUUCGAAAACUGGUGAACCUUUAAACAAUGAAGCUUGGCAAACUCUGGCGCUUGAUGCCAAUGGGAGGAAUAGGCUGCGAUGGGUACAAGAAAAGUAUAUGAUAUAUAAUUAUUGUACUGAUGUUCAAAGGUUUCCUCAAGGACUUCCACCUGAAUGCAAGCGUUCAAGGUUCUAGGAUUAAUUUUCUUGGCGUAAAUAUAUUUUCUUCGUUUGUAAACUGCAAUUUUGCCAAAUUCUUUGUUUCUAUGCUGCAAAAGAUCUGAAUAAAAACUUCAUAUUUUUCUUUUA